CAAAAUUCAGAUUACAAAAUCGUGAUAAAACACUUUCCCCAAAUCUUCCAUUUCGCUUAACUGUAGAAAUUCAUAUACAGCAGCAUCCAAAAUCAAAAUGUCAGACGAAAUUCCUUUCCAUAUCCAAGAGCAGAUCAUCAAAAGCUUUCCUGUCAUGUCUUUGCUUCAGUUCAGAACAGUCUCGAAAGCAUGGAAGUCUUUGAUCGACAGCUCUGACUUUAUUGCUGCUCACAGCGUUACUCAGCCUCAGCAUCUGCUUUUAAGGUACGAAGAUCCUGUAGAAACUGUCGAAAAAUAUGUUUCUUUUCUUGAUGAUGACACUUUUCCUCAUCAGAGGUUUGUUCAUACCCUUCCUGAGUCGUUUAAACUACUUAAACAGUCAACCAUAGUCGGUAGCUCUCUAGGGGUGUUGUGCUUGCAUGGUUAUUAUGGAGAGGGAAAGGGUCUUUUACCCAACUUUGAAAAGGAGAUGGUUGUUCUUUGGAAUCCUUCGAUUAGAAAGUCAAUUACUGUUCCUAUGCCUAACACGUUAUAUCUGGACCCUAGAAAUGAUAUUGGUUUUGGUGUGUCCCCUGUGACUAGUGACCCUACAAUCGUUGAGAUCACACAAUUUCACAAAACUAGCUACCAUUGUGAAGCUAAAGUUUACACUGUGAGCUCAGGCAAAUGGAGAAAUCUAUCUAGCAAUCUUCCUAGUAAACCAUUUCGCAUCUUCUCGCCUCAGGUGGUUGUUGAUAGGUUUAUAUAUUGGUGUGCUUUUGACCCGAUGACUAGAGAUGACAUGUUAACGUAUCAUAAUCUGAUAAUGUCGUUUGAUAUGACUAAUGAUAACUUUGGAGUGAUAGACCUCCCAGAUAGCUUAAGGUGCCUCUCUCCUACUCAGUUGUGUAUUUCUAAGCUAAGGGAGUCUCUUGUCAUGCUCGAUUAUGAUAGGUUUUUGAAACAUUCUUGUGAUGUAUGGAUGAUGGAGAAUGGUGUUGAAAAAUCAUUUAAAAAGAAAUUCACCAUUGAGCCACCAUAUUGGUCAAGGAAAAUAACACCACUAGGAUUUAGGAAGAGUGGUCAACCUAUAAUGGAAGUGGAAAAUGAUCAUGAAUUUUUUCAACAGAGUGAACUUGUGGCCUAUGAGCCGUACCCUAAGCGCUUUGAUUAUCUCGAGAUCUAUGGAAUAACUGAAACAUUCUCUGUGCAUUCCUACAUGGAAACACUAGUUUUGAUAGCUCAGUUUGCUUGAUUGCAGUAACGAGGUCGAAGAUGAUGGCCACAUUACAACAUCUAGCCUAGAAUGAAUGACUUUUGGUGUGGACAAUUGAGGAAGAUAUCUACAGAUUAGAUGAAGUUGAUAAAAAAGCAAAUACAUGUAAUGUUUAAAUACUAGUGGUGAAACCCCGGGAAUUAUGUAUGUACAAUAGACUAGAGAUAAAUUACUAUAAUUAGGUUGAUGAUAAAAAAAACAUGUGCAUUUGUUGUUUGUUUAGACAUGUGGAUGAAUAUUAUAAUAGCAAUGUACGUAUAA